CUCCUGGAUUAUACCUGUGAUGGACGGGGCUUAGACCAUGUCCGUGGUUUUUGAUCACAAUUUUACGCGCACUGUGCAAUUUUUGUACGCUCAUAUUUGCAGCCCCGGAUAUUUCACGAUGGAGUUAACACUCAUUAGUUUUAACGUACAUUUUAAUUUGUUUCAUCGGAAUAAUCGUGGAUUAGUUAAAGAGGAUGCCAAAUGAUAGUGAUCUUUUGGUCACUAAAGCGCGUAACCACUUUGGAUUAAAAGCCAGUGCGUUUCCACAGCUCUUGGACGAAGCACCUGCUUAUUCUCUCCUCUAACCUGUUUCCCCGCUAUUGACGCACUGGGAUGGAAAUCGAGUUGAGACCUAGGCUCUGUUUCCUGGUCAUAGGAGAGCGCGGCUACGGAUUUCAUCUUCACGGAGAGCGGAAUAGAGGAGGACAAUUUGUCCGCAAAGUGGAGCCCGGCUCCUCGGCUGACCUGGCCGGGCUGCGACCAGGAGACCGAGUGGUGGAGGUGAACGGAGAGAAUGUUGAGAAUGAAACUCAUCAUCAAGUAGUGAACAGAAUCCGAGAGGUGCCCCACCGCACCAGACUGCUGGUGGUGGACAGAGAAACAGAUGACUACCUACGCAGCCAUGGCCUGGACUGCACAGAAGGCCUUGCCAUUGAGAUGGGAACCCUCUCCCCACGCCCUUCUCCUAGGCAAACACCCUGCGUCUCUCCCAGAGCAAAUUCACCCAUGACACCCAGCUACACUCCCACACUUCCUUAUCCUGCUGCAGAGUCACCCACUCGCAUGAUCACACAAGGGAAUGUCAAGAGAUCCUCAGUGACGUCAAGUAUAGUGACAGACCCAGAGCUGCAGGUUGAACCUUCGCCCGAGCCUGCAGUUGAGCUCCUUCCCCGUGUGUGUCACAUGGUGAAGGGGGAGCAAGGCUAUGGCUUUAAUCUGCACAGCGAUAAGAAAAAACGUGGACAGUUUGUACGUGCCGUGGACCCUGAUUCACCUGCUGAGCGUUCAGGCAUUCGUCCUGGAGACAGAAUAUUGGAGGUGAAUGGAGUGACCACAGAGGGCCUGAGGCACUCAGAAGUUGUAGGGCUCAUAAGAGCAGCAGGGGAUAAAGUACACUUCCUAGUGGUCGACCAGGAGACAGAUGAGCUUUUUAACAGAUUGGGAAUCAUACCCACUAUCAGCCACCUUAAAGAGGUCUGCGUGGAUGACCCAGCCCCUGACAGUGAGCCACCUACACCUUCUCCAACCACUGAACUCCCUGCCACAGACCCACCGAUAAUAAAUGGCACCAUGACAAACUCCCAGAUUACAAAACUGUCUCCCAAAUCCUGGACCAAUGGCAGCUCAGCAUCCCAGUCCUCCAGAAGUUCCACCACCCAGUCAGAGAUCAGCAGCUCAGACAUGAGCUUUCAGGUCCCUGAUGAAGAUGACAGGCAUAUUUCAGACCCUUUUAUAGACAGUGGCCUGCGUCUUAGCCCAACAGCUGCUGAGGCUAAGCAAAAGGUCCUCGCCAGCCGCAACAGGAAGAGAGCACCCCCUAUGGACUGGAGCAAGAAACAAGAGAUCUUCAGCAACUUCUGACCGCAGUACAGGAAGAAACAAGAGACUGGAAUAAAGUGGGGAUUGGUAUCAUGAUUCCUUUAGGGGCAAAGCUUUACUCUGCAGAGGCAUGGACAAGGAAAGAGUUACAAGGAGAUAAAAUAUAUAAAAGGGAACAUUUGUGGUAAUGUUCAUAAAUUCUAUUCUGUAUACAAAACGCAUUUUAAGAUAUCACAUAGUAUUGUCUAGGUGUCUACUUUAGAGUGUCUGUGAGGACAAACACAUGCCCUGUGGAUGAGUCAUAACCAGAGGUGGGAAGUAACGACGUACAAAUACUUUGUUACUGUACUUAAGUAGAUUUCAGGUAUCUGUACUUUACUUGAAUAUUUAUUUUCCUGACUACUUUUUACUACUUCUUCUU